CGGGGCGGACUGUGGCCGCGAGCCUCGGGACCCUCGCGGCGCCGGCUCCGAAGCCCUGAACUCCGGGGGGCUGUGCCCAGGGCGCCUCGGAGCCUCGCAGCCGCCGCCCUCGAGCGCAGCCGCCGGCACGCGCGUUGGGACCGCAGUUUCGGUCGCCGGCCCGGGAGGGAGCGGCAGUGUUUGCGGGCGGAGGAGCGGCGGCCGCGGCACCAGCAUCCCCGGCGCGGGUGGGACCGCCGAGCGCCGGAGCCGGCGGCCGGAGGCCGGAAGGGAGGUCGUGGCGCCAGGGCUGGGUGCGUUCCCGGGCGCCCGCGCUCCGCAGCCCGCCCUGCCCCCGGCCGCCCGGUGCAGGUCUCGAACAAUGGUGCGGAGCGCGGGCGCGAGCCCCGCGUCCGCCCAGCGGUCGUAGAGGAAGUGGCCGGGCUGCGGGUGGGGUGGGCAGGGAGACGCCCCCAGCCACUCGCUCGCGGAGUUUGCGCGUCUGGCCUCUCGGACCUCGGACGCGGCUCGGGAUCGCCGACGGCUGCCCCCCUGGAGAGUAUGGUGCCGGCGCCCGGGCUGGUCUAGCUCUCCGUGCGCUCCUUUUCCUCCGCUCGCUCCGCCUCGCCCUCCUGCCGGGGUGGCCUCUGGGUGCUCCGCGUGUGGGAGUACAACUCUGCUCCUCCGGGGAGACCGGCUCGUGGCCGCCCAGCUGAACUUGCCCCUUGGAAGCGACCCCGGAACAGCUGGAUAAUGUCCACUCCGAGCAGAUUCAAAAAGGACAAAGAGAUCAUAGCCGAGUAUGAAAGUCAAGUCAAAGAAAUCCGAGCUCAACUGGUAGAACAACAAAAAUGCCUGGAGCAGCAAACCGAGAUGCGAGUUCAGCUUCUCCAGGACCUUCAAGAUUUCUUCCGGAAAAAGGCCGAAAUCGAGACAGAAUAUUCUAGGAACCUAGAGAAGCUGGCAGAAAGGUUCAUGGCAAAAACAAGGAGCACUAAGGACCAUCAGCAGUACAAGAAAGACCAGAACCUGUUGUCUCCGGUGAACUGCUGGUAUUUGCUCCUGAACCAAGUACGGCGAGAAAGCAAAGACCACGCCACCCUGAGUGACAUCUACCUGAACAAUGUGAUCAUGAGGUUCAUGCAGAUAAGCGAGGAUUCCACCAGAAUGUUUAAAAAGAGCAAAGAAAUUGCAUUCCAACUUCAUGAGGAUUUAAUGAAGGUUCUUAAUGAGCUUUACACGGUGAUGAAAACCUAUCACAUGUACCAUGCAGAGAGCAUCAGUGCAGAGAGCAAGCUGAAAGAGGCUGAGAAGCAAGAGGAGAAGCAAAUUGGGAGAUCUGGGGAUCCAGUCUUCCAUAUUAGACUGGAAGAGAGACAUCAGCGGCGGAGCUCUGUAAAGAAAAUUGAAAAAAUGAAAGAAAAGAGACAAGCUAAGUACUCAGAAAAUAAGCUAAAAUCCAUUAAGGCACGGAAUGAGUAUCUCCUAACACUUGAAGCAACCAAUGCCUCGGUUUUCAAGUAUUAUAUUCAUGAUCUUUCAGAUUUAAUUGAUUGCUGUGAUCUUGGCUACCAUGCAAGCCUGAACAGGGCCCUGAGAACAUAUCUCUCUGCGGAGUAUAACCUCGAAACCUCCCGACAUGAAGGCUUAGACAUUAUCGAGAAUGCAGUUGACAAUUUAGAACCGAGGAGUGACAAGCAGAGAUUCAUGGAGAUGUACCCUGCAGCGUUCUGUCCACCAAUGAAGUUUGAAUUUCAGUCUCACAUGGGUGAUGAGGUGUGUCAGGUCAGCGCCCAGCAGCCCGUCCAGGCGGAGCUCAUGCUCAGGUACCAACAGCUGCAGUCCCGGUUGGCCACACUCAAGAUCGAGAACGAGGAGGUGAAGAAAACGACGGAAGCCACCUUGCAGACAAUACAGGACAUGGUGACCAUUGAGGACUAUGACGUGUCCGAGUGCUUCCAGCACAGCCGCUCCACAGAGUCCGUGAAGUCCACCGUCUCUGAGACCUACCUGAGUAAGCCCAGCAUCGCCAAGCGAAGAGCGAACCAGCAGGAGACGGAGCAGUUCUACUUCAUGAAACUCCGAGAGUAUUUGGAAGGCAGUAAUCUCAUCACAAAACUCCAAGCCAAGCAUGACUUGCUGCAGAGGACUCUCGGAGAAGGUCACAAAGCUGAAUAUAUGACUACAAGGCCUCCAAACGUUCCCCCUAAGCCCCAGAAACACAGGAAGUCCCGACCCCGCUCACAGUAUAAUGCUAAGUUGUUUAAUGGGGAUUUGGAAACAUUCGUCAAGGACUCGGGACAGGUUAUCCCCCUCAUAGUGGAAAGCUGUAUUCGAUUCAUCAAUCUCUAUGGUCUUCAACAUCAAGGGAUUUUCCGAGUAUCUGGUUCCCAAGUGGAAGUCAAUGAUAUUAAAAAUUCAUUUGAAAGAGGUGAGAAUCCUCUAGCUGAUGACCAGAGCAACCACGACAUUAACUCGGUGGCCGGCGUUCUGAAGCUCUAUUUCCGCGGGCUGGAAAACCCCCUCUUUCCUAAGGAAAGAUUUAAUGAUCUGAUUUCUUGUAUCAGAAUAGAAAAUCUCUAUGAGAGGGCGCUUCACAUCCGCAAACUCCUCUUGACCUUGCCCAGGUCGGUCCUGAUAGUGAUGAGGUAUCUCUUUGCCUUCCUCAAUCAUCUUUCCCAGUACAGUGAUGAGAACAUGAUGGACCCUUACAACCUGGCCAUUUGCUUUGGCCCAACACUGAUGCCUGUCCCAGAAAUACAGGACCAGGUGUCUUGUCAGGCACAUGUGAACGAAAUUGUCAAGACUAUCAUCAUCCACCAUGAGGCCAUUUUCCCAGAUUCUAAGGAACUAGAUGGCCCUGUGUAUGAGAAAUGUAUGGCUGGAGAUGAUUACUGUGACAGCCCAUACAGUGAGCACGGUACGUUGGAGGAGGCUGACCAAGAGGCUGGUACGGAACCCCACACCAGUGAAGAUGAAUGUGAGCCAAUAGAAGCAAUAGCCAAGUUUGACUAUGUCGGGCGCUCCGCCAGAGAACUGUCCUUCAAGAAGGGCGCCUCCCUGCUGCUGUACCACCGCGCCUCCGAGGACUGGUGGGAAGGCCGACACAACGGCGUGGACGGGCUCGUGCCGCACCAGUACAUAGUAGUGCAGGACAUGGAUGACACUUUUUCAGACACUCUGAGCCAAAAAGCUGACAGUGAGGCCAGCAGCGGCCCAGUCACUGAAGACAAGUCAUCCUCCAAGGACAUGAACUCGCCCACAGACCGCCACUCCGAUGGCUACUUGGCCAGACAAAGAAAACGAGGAGAGCCACCCCCUCCACUAAGACGUCCUGGCAGGACCAGUGAUGGCCAUUGUCCCCUCCACCCCCCGCAUGCUCUUUCCAACUCCUCAGUUGACCUGGGGUCCCCCAACCUGGCCAGUCAGUCCCGCGGCCUGCUGCAGAACCGUGGCCUCAAUAAUGACAGUCCUGAGAGGAGGCGCCGGCCUGGCCAUGGAAGCCUGACCAACAUCAGCCGGCACGACUCUCUCAAGAAGAUCGACAGUCCUCCUAUCAGAAGGUCCACAUCAUCAGGGCAAUAUACGGGCUUCAAUGACCACAAGCCACUGGACCCAGAGACAAUUGCUCAGGAUAUUGAAGAGACAAUGAACACUGCUUUAAAUGAACUCCGAGAACUGGAGAGGCAGAGUACAGCGAAGCACGCACCCGAUGUGGUUCUGGAUACCUUGGAACAAGUGAAAAACUCUCCGACGCCAGCCACCUCGACAGAAUCUCUCAGCCCUUUGCACAGUGUAGCCCUCAGGAGCUCUGAGCCUCAGAUCCGGCGCAGCACUAGCUCCUCCAGUGACACAAUGAGUACUUUUAAGCCUAUGGUGGCACCCAGGAUGGGCGUGCAGCUGAAGCCCCCCGCCCUUAGGCCAAAACCUGCUGUUCUUCCAAAAACAAACCCUACUGUAGGACCUGCCCCACCUUCCCAGGGUGCAGCAGACAAAUCUUGCACGAUGUAAAUACCAGCUGAGCAAGGUCAUAAGGGGAAGUGGUUUGAAAAAAGAAAAUGGACUAGUGACAAAAGUCAAUGAUCCAUAACUUUCCUUAGUUUUGUGCUUAUAACUGGAGAUCUUCUGGCUUUUCUAUGUUGUCGAAUGUAAUGUCUCAGACUAGCUAAAUUAACACGGGCAUUUGUAUUUUGUAAUUUUUCUAAGUAACUGGACAUAUGUCAUUUUAAAGACAAUAGAAACACUUAGACUUACUUGAAAAUCCAAUGCUGCACCACUUGUAAUGAAGGCAACACUGCUCCGUUUCGCACAGUGCUUCAGAUUUAGCAUAGCCCAGAUGAGUCAGAAAUGUCUUUGAUUGAAAAGCAGUAGGAUCUGCUUUCCAUGUCUUACUGGAGUGUAACCAGUGUUAGAGGGGCACUUGGGGUCAUCAAAAGGUGAUCAGGGCAUUAUUGAUAAUGACUGUAGGCAACUCUGAUUCCAUCCAGAGUGGGAGUCCAGCUUCUGCUAAAGACUUGCAUUUACCAAAGUAGGACAUUCAUCCCAUGAACUGAGUGGACUGAACGAUCGCCUCUUCUGUAGCAGUCACCCCUGGGGCCAGGUUAGAACCCUGGUGUUGCUUAAGUCGAACUAACAAGAGAAAAAUAUCAUCUCCAAAGUUAUUCCAUGCACUACCAUAAUCAGGCCCUGGAGGAUUACAAGCCCACCCUCUGCAUUUCCGAAGCACUAGGACAGUCUGAAGACUUUCUGGGGCCCGGAAUACAGUUCAGCGGCAGAAUGCCUGCCUGGCAAGUGCAAGGUCCUGUGUUCGAUUCCCAGUACAAACAAACAAAAAAACGUUCUGGUUACACCACAAACUUCUGCAAAGAUCUGUUGUUCUAACUGCCUAGAAAAUACUUCCAUCGCCCAGAAAUCCCUAUUUUCCUCUGUGGAAAAAGAAUGAAUCCUUGAUCCAGUCAGCAUUCUCUGACUAAAUUACCAUGGUUCCCUUAAAUGUACCACAAAGGUCUGAUGAUCCUAAUUUUGAAAUCUUACUUCCCCACUCCAUUUCUCCUUUUGUGCCAACCCUCAACUGGCUAUGGUACUUGAGUAAAAGCCAUAAUGGACCAUCGUAGGAAGAUUACCUCAGGGGCCCUUCCAAUUUUGUACUUUGGAACCAUGACUUUUCCUUGAUUGUUUCACUUUGUGGCCUGUGGUCUCUAUAUGACUUACAUAGGCAGUCAAGCUCAGUUAGAGAGCCUCUUUCUCUGUUAUCCAUGCUCAUAGACAAUUAUUCUUUAGCUGAUACUUUUGCUGUGUUUCUUUGCUAUCUUAAAGAGUUGUUUUUGUUUUAUUAGGGGGGCUGGGUGGUGCUGGGGAUUCUAGGCACACACCCCACCCCUGAGCUAUUCUCCUGGUCCCACAAAAUUGCUUUGAAUGCAUUUACUUUUAGUAAGGUAUAAAUAACCACUGUCCUGCCAGUGGCAGUCAGUAACAUCUGUAGACCUAUAACCUUUUUAUCUAUGUUACCAUUGAACUUAUGAAUGAAGGAAUAUGGAUUCCUCAAAGCAAACUCCCUUGAACCACUGUUGGAUCUGUCUGUAUUUAGUUCUAAGCUGGAAGCCAACUGCAAGCCCCCCUAAGAAUUGCACAGUAUGGACUUUGCUCCAUCAGUCCCUUGGUACGUGCAUCAUGCUGAAACAGAUUAAGAGCUGUACUGAAAGCAAAAUCAUGACUUUUGUCUUUACCUCGGUUUCCCAGCCUAACCAUUCUACUGCCAAAUGGGGUUAAAUUAAUGAACUAUGACCUUCCAAAGUCACCCUUGCUUGCCAGUGGCCCAAUUUCAGAAGUGGACUGAACAGUGUUGUUGCCCCCACCUGUUUCUAGCUACACACACCCCCAUGUAUUUCUAAACAUGGUAAAGUUUUAAACUUCAUUUUCAGAACUGUUCUUUUUGGACAUUUUUAAGAAGAGGCCCAACUCAGCAUCUGUUCAACGCCUGAUCAUUUCUUUUGAGUUCAGGAGUCGUUUUGACCUUUAGACACCGUGGAGACCCACGCAGGACUGAGUUUUGAGUUAGCAGUAGCCCUCAUAAAUUGUCCUCCCCAAAUUCUCCAAGAAAAUUAAAUUUUCCUAAUCCCCAGUUCUUUAAAAUAAUAAGAGUUCUUAAAACCUUUUAUCUUCUUUGAUGGAAAAGUAAGAUGUUCACAGAGGUCAGGGGAAAGGCAGAGGUGUUUCAAAUCUAUUUUUAAAUGCUCUUUACAAGCUUUCACUUUCCCUCUUCAGGUCUUACUGCUGCAAACUGUUUCUUCAGAUAGCUCCCUGGUAAUCCUCCCCAGGGUAUCCUCAUUUUUGGUGUUCCCGCCUGUUAUAGAUCACUGAUUGCCUUUCUAGCCCCCCAGAAAACCUUGGAUGAGGGAGGACACUGCUGCCGACCCUCAGAAGCUCCACCUUCUUUCAGGAAACGGCUAAUAUUCUCCCCUCCUGUCCAUUUUUUCACUCCUAUUUGUGUUCCAAAUUUUACCCCCUCAUCCCCAAGUGAAGAGGAUGACCUCUGAUUAAGGACUGAGCAAGGACUUGCCUAUCCUUAUUUAGUAAAAAAUAUUCAGAUUCCUGGGCUAAGACUAGGUAGCCUCCUCAUGAAGGAUCCAAGGGAACCUCCGUGAAGCGCGGCAGCAGCUGAGGAGGUUCACCUGGCACACGGCCCUCUUUGGGACCACAGGUGCAGCACUGGAGGACACGCAGAACAAGGAGAAAACAAGGAGUCUUGGAAUGGUACAUCCUCGUUUCAAGGAUCUUCGCAGCUUUCAUGUGCAGUUUGAGGAGAAUGUCAUUCCGAAGAUGGGUAAAUUAUGAUUCUACAAAGAUUGUCUGACUUCACCUACACAAGAAUCCAUAUUCACAGCUGAUGUAAUUGUGUGUUCACGUCCCACAGAACUCACCAAAGUAGUUUUAUCCAGCAGCCUUUUGGCGUGGGUUGGGGCUUUGGAGGGUGGGUUGUUAGGAUAGAAAAGACAAGUACCUAGUUUACAUUUUCUGAUGAAUGUUAUAAAAACUAUUUUCAGUCUGUUAAGUGAACUUUGUAGAGCUCCACAAUCUUGUUCACAUUCAACGUCACCACCAUUGUUCAGCAGUUUUAUGUCUUCGCACAGAGUAAUCUGCGUUCAGUGCCCCUUGGCCCAUCUGUAGCAUACACUGCAGCAGGGUCCCUCUUAAUCUACCAUUGUGGUGAUAGCCAUGGUAUAAGGCUCCAAGAAUCAAGUGACAUCCUUUAAUAGUUUCUAUCAGUGUACUUUAGCCAUUCCCAAAAUGUGUUUACAACUUACUUAAAAUAAAAAAGGGGAUGAAUUGGUAGUGGUAUCCUUAGCAUUUAGAAAUAGUAUCUCUCAAGUCAACAAGUGAAGAAACUAUAAUCUGUCAAUUUUUAUGCCUCUGAAAUCCAAAAUUAGGUGAUCUCUGGGUCUGUAAAGGGGGUUGGAAGACUGUAAAUCUGCGUCAGUACCCGUCGUCUCCUGACCACAGCUGUUAGAGGCCAGAAACGCAGGAAGCGCGUGUGGGACUCAGUCUUGCUUUCAGUUGUCCGCCGCAGGUACCCUGGGACACAGGGCAGCUUAGAACUGAAGGCUCCGUCCGCGUGCAGAGCCCUGCUCCAGACCACCCUUGAGCCAGGACCUCGAC